CAUUCUUGUUUGUAGGCAUUUUUUUUCAUACGAAAGCAAGAUCUCGAUGGUUCCGAUUUAAAAAAGAGAGGCAUUCUAGUGAAGUCGAGAAGGCGCAAUAACACGCUGCUCCGUCUCCAUCUCCAUCUCCAAUUACCUAUCCUCUCCGUCGAAUCAGAAACCCUAACCUCACCGUACCACGGCCUACGAGCCGGAAUGACCACAUCAGCCGCCGACGAUGGCAGCUCUUUGGCGCCUACCAUCACCGAGGGAGAAACCACAGCCGACGCCGGUGCUGGGGCAGGUGUUGAGUGCGUCGAGGGCAAAGAGAUGAAGGUUGGGGCCGCGGCUCCAGUUGAGGAGCCGGAUAAGGAGGCGGCGCGGGAGGAGGAUCCUGGUGAUGAUGAUGACUAUGAGGAGGAGGAGGAGGAGGAGGAGGAGGAGGAGGAGGAGGAGGAGGAGGAGGAGGAGGAGGUGGAGGAGGAGACGGAAACUGCGAAUGGGAAAGAGGCUGAGUUGAUGGAGCCAUUGGCGGCGCUGAAGCCUGGGGAGGAGGUCAAACCUGAAAAGCUAGAGGGGGAGAAGGAAGAGCUGGAUGAGGAGCCCGAGGCAUCGGAAGAGGACCCCGAGGAGGUGGAAGAGUUGAAGGAGGAGGGCGACGGUAUUGCGGAGGAAGGCUUGGUGGAUGGGUCGGAGGCGAACGAUGAUAAAGAUGCUGAUCAAUUGAGCAGUGGGAGUGAUAGUGGUGGAAGCAGAAGUCGUGGUAUGCAGAACUCUGAACUUGCUGGAGGUCUUGAAAUAUUUGUUGAUGACUUGCCUCAAGAUUGUGUCAAGGAAGACAUUGCUAUGGCCUUUUCUCAAUCAGGGGAGGUCAAAUCUGUUAGGAUAAUUAAAAAUUCAUCAACUGGAAAGAACCAAGACAUUGCAUUUGUUUGUUACACAAGUAUUGAAGCUGCAAAGAAGGUUCUUGCUGAAUUUAAGGAGGGAAUUGAGGUAAAAGGAAAAAUGGUCAGGGUAUCUGCUUGUCAAGAUAAUAAUACCCUUUACCUGGGGAACAUUUGCAAGGGUUGGACCAGAGAUCAGGUGUUGAACACCCUAAAAAGUAUUGGAAUUCAAGAGUGUGAGAUAAGCUUUCCCAGUUACAAGGGAGGAAGCCGAGGGUUUGCUUUUCUUAAGUUCACCUCACAUUACUAUGCUAGAGCAGCACUUCGUCGCUUAAUGAAAUCCGAUGCUAUUUUUGGUACUGAUAGAAGCGCUAAAGUAUCCUUUUAUCGAACCCCCACAAAAUCAUCCAAGAGACUUAUACAGGCAAAAAUAGUAUACCUGGAACAUGUCCCUCUUUCUUGGGAUGAAAAUAAAGUUAAGGAAUACUGUGAAGAAUAUGGGGAGAUCCUGAAAGCUGAUGUUUUCCAGAUAUCAAAGAAUAUGGAAAAUGAAACAAUUUCUUUUGUUGAAUUCUCAUCCAGGAAGGGUGCGUUAGCUUGUGUGACAGGAAUAAACAAAGCAAAUAUUGUUGAUGGAAGCUUCAAGUUGUGUGCAUAUCUUGCUUGGCCAAAAAGUGCUUCAAAGGUCAAUAGUGCUGCACCUUCAAAUGCUGCCACCGCAACCGAGAAGGACAAAACCCACACAGAGAAGAUUCUUGUAGACAUCGAUUUGCAACAUAAAUUCCAGAAAGGCGACAAGAGCAAACUUACAUCUCAGACAAAGGAGGCAAUUAUGAAGAAGAAAAAAUCAAGUAAAUUACCAAAUGACAAUGAUACAAAACUAACCUCACAAGGUGCUGCCGAAGUACCACAAACCUCCAAAUCUUCUGAAGGCAAGAGGAAAGUUGGAAAAAACAAACAUGCCUCUGUAUACCAAAAACCAUUGAAGAAAGCAAUAAAUAAUCGUAACGUUGAUGAGAGCCAGCUAACUCAUCGGAGUGCUGCAGUACUGCAAACGUCUAACACUUCCAAAGGGAAAAGGAAAGCCAGUGAGAACAGAAGUUUAUAUUUAAACGAAAAGGCUCUCAAGAAAGCACGUGGCAAUAGUAAUUUGGGUGGAAGUUCAAGAUCUAAAUCAUAUGCCUCUGAUCUGGAACCUCAUGCUGGAUUCAUUUCGCCUGCGAUUCGAGAUAAUGGCAGUGAUGCAUAUAAUCGACAGAGAACUGCACGGUAUGAUAUCCAUCCUAUAGAUGUCCAUCCUUAUGCUAGAGCGCCACCAUCAGCCUACUCUGGUUACAAAAGCCAUGCUGGCUAUGAGGCUGCAAAUACAUAUGAAUACGCAGGGAACCGGGCGCCUACACCUCCAAGUGGAUCUUACAUCCCUCGAAGAGGACAUUACUAACAAAAAAUGGAGUGCUGGCUCUGUGCAUCCAUUCGAUCGCAUGGUAACAAGGAAUCAAGGAUCUCCGUAUUUAGAUGUUUCAUACAUGUUAUGUAGACGUUAAAAAGUAACUUGUUUAAGGAAAAUAAGAACCCUCUGCAGCUUUCCCUUUGACUGAAGUGCAGCCCGGCACACCGGUUGCUUGUUGAAGAAUGCUUUUUUUAUUAUUAUUGUAGUUAAGAGUCCAGACGUCGUUAUUACCACUUAUCUUCGUAUUGGAAAAAAAAUGUCUUUUUCUUAGUCCA